AUGGCGCAUGCUUGGAAGGGGUACAGGCAGUAUGCAUGGGGCAUGGAUGAACUUCAGCCGCGCACCAAGACCGGGGCAAACCACUUUGGGGGGCUGGGGUUGACCAUCGUUGACUCGCUUGACUCGCUCUACCUCAUGGGGCUCACCAAGGAGUUCAAUGAGGCCAAGAGCUGGGUGCACGAGAAGCUCUUCUUCGAGCAUGACUAUGACGCCAACGUCUUCGAAACCACCAUUCGCAUUCUGGGCGGGCUUCUGAGUGCGUAUGACCUCUCCGGCGACCCAAUGCUGCUGGCCAAAGCAAAGGAGCUCGCAGACAAGCUGCUGCCAGCCUUCACCACGCCCACAGGCAUCCCACUCGCCUUUGUCAACCUCGCCAGUGGCACUUCUCGCUCGCACGGGUGGACUGGGCGCUCCGCACUACUGGCAGACCUGGGCUCAACACAGCUAGAGAUGGUGGCACUCUCCCAGCGCACCGGCGAUCCCAAAUACGCCAACGCUUCGGAGCACGUCAUCCGUCAGAUCGCCAAGAUCUUUCCAUCCGACGGUUUGCUGCCAGUGCUCAUCGGCACUGUCAGUGGCAAGCCCACCUCUCGCCACAUCACGCUUGGAUCCAUGGGGGACAUUUUCUAUGAGUAUCUACUCAAAGUGUGGGUGCAAGGUGGUGGAACACCCUACGUUCAAAGAUACAGAGACAUGUGGGAGAAAGCCAUGAGUGGCAUGAUGGCAGAGCUGAUUCAGCAUGCCCCGGCGUCCAACACCACCACCGCCACUACCACCACCGCUGCAACCAACACCAGCACCACUAGCAGCAGCAAUGCUGACAUUAGUGGCAGCGGUAGCGGCAGCACUGACAGCAGCAGCAGCGGUGGCAGAGUGGUGUAUGUGGCAGAGAUGCAUGCGGGGAAGGUGGAGCACAAGAUGGAGCAUGUGACGUGCUUCGUGGCUGGCAUGCUGGUGCUGGGCGCUCAAACAGUGGCGGAGGGGAGUGAACACACUGAAGCUUACAUGAGGCUGGCUAAAGAGCUGGGCCACACGUGCCAUCUCUUUUACAGCACAUCACCCACGGGGCUCAGCGGGGAGGACUAUGCAUUUGGGGAGAAGGGCAUGCGCAUGGAGGGGCGCAAGUACAAUAACCUGAGGCCCGAGGCAGUGGAGGCAUGGAUGUACCUGUGGAGGGCGACGCACGACCCCAUGUACAGGCACUGGGGGUGGGAGGUCUUCCAGGCCUUCCAAAAGCACUGCCGUGUGGAAAACGGCUUCGUGGGGCUGCUGGAUGCCUCUCAGAACCCUCCACAGAAGGACGACUUGCAGCAGAGUUUCUUUCUUGCCGAGACGCUCAAGUAUCUUUACCUCCUCUUCUCGCCCGAUGAUGUGCUGCCUCUCAACCAAUGGGUGUUCAAUACCAAGGCACACCCUCUUAAGAUCAUAGCAAGAAACGCUGAUUUCCCCCCUCAAGUGAGGAUUGAGUCUCAAACGAAGCAUGACGCGCUUCCGGACGAUGAUUAG